AUGGCCGCGAGCGCCGCCGACGAGCUACAGCUCAAGUUCCUGUUUGCAAACCAGGACGGCGUGCACCUGCAGCUCGGCUUCCCCAAGACGGCGACCGUCGCGCAAGUCAAGACGCAGCUCAUGCGCAGCUGGCCACAAAAUGUACCGCCGGCCGACGAAGCAAAAGCUGUGCGCCUCAUCUGCAUGGGACGCGGGAUCCUGCAAGACGCGCACACGGUGGGGGCUGCUGUGCCGACCUUUGACACGCACCCCACGCCCGUGAACGUCUCUGUAAACCACUCGGUGCAGCCGCCGGCCCGAGAAGCCGCACGAAGCCACGCUGCUGGCAAGUCGGUCGAGUCGACGGGCUGUGGCUGCAUCGUGUGUUAG